AUGCAAGGGUUUCUCAGCCUCAAAGACCUGGAAUGUGCUCAGGCCAAGAGCGGCAAAUCAGACUUGGGCUCCUUUGAUUUGGUCUGGAAAAGAGUUCUGUCCAGACUCGAUAGGCUGCAAAUCUUGUUCCAAACAUGGGAAGACUUGAUGGUCUGGAUGACUGCUUCUUCAGUUAUUGCCCCACAAAUCUUGAGGAAGUUUGUGGUACAAGCAACGAUCUUUCACCUUUGGAGGCAACGGAACAAUAUUCUCCAUAAUCAGCGCCUCAUUCCACCUGACCUCAUCUUCAACAUGCUCGAUAGAGACAUACGAAACAUCAUCAACUCGAGACGACGACGUAAGGGCUGCGAAAUUCUGAUGCAGCUCUGGCUACGAUGA